AUGGUAGAGGCAGGAACAGGUCUGGACGAUUCCCUGCAGGACUAUCCCUUUGAGGACUGGGAGCUGCCUGGCAAGUACUUGCUCCAGCUGUGCCCCCGCAGCCUGGAGGCUCUGACAGUGUGGCCUCUGGGCCACCAGGAGCUCAUUCUGGAUGGGGUGGAACAGCUCCGGGCCCUGAGCACUGGGCUACAAACAGAGAACCUGCAGAGCCUGGCAGAGGGGCUGCUGGAGGGGACCCAGGCCUUCCAGAGCUUAGUCCAGGGACGCCUGGGGGACUCUCCUGAGAUCCCUGCCGAAGUUCUCAGUGCAGCUGUGAAGCUAGUGCAUGCAGCCCGUGCUCUUCUCUUCUGGCUCAACAGGUACCUCUUCUCCCAGUUAAACGACUUCUCAGCCUGCCAGGAGAUCGGGGCGUUGUGUGGGGAGCUGAGCCAGGCUUUGCAGGAGGACUGCCCAGAGGCUGUGAAGGAGAGCAAAGUCCUGAGGAUCUGCAGCCACGUGUCUGGAAUCUGUCACAACAUCCUGAGCCACACCCCAGAGGAGCUGCUUGAGCAGAGGGCUGUUCUAGAGCAGGUGCAGCUGGACAAUCCUUCGGACCUGGAAAUCCAAACCACAAGCAACUGCCUGCACUUUGUGUCCCGAGUGAACACCCAGGUCUCCACUGACUCCCAGCUGCAGAUCCUGCCUGGAGAUGAGGUUGUCCAGAUCAAUGAGCAGGUGGUGGUGGGCUGGUCUCAUAAGAACGUGGUGAGGGAGCUGCUUCAGGAGCCUGCCGGGGCCAGCAUAGUGCUGAAAAAGAUCCCAGUGCCAGAGACCCCUCCACAGACCCCCUUGGACUCCCUACACCUGAGAAGCCAGUCACUGGCUGUGGCCCCACUGUCUCCCAGGGUCUCAUCUGAAGAAGUCUUUGCCUUCAACCUGACUUCAGACUCAUAUCCUGGGCCCGGCCCUGCUUGGACAGACCCCGAGCCCCUGCCCAUCACACCUGCAUCUCCAGCCACAUUCUCAGCAGGAAUAGCAGAGACACCUGGGUGCCCAGGACACCCUGACAAGAGUCCUGUCCUUGGUCGGAAGAAAUCCAAAGGGAUGGCAACAAAGCUGAGCCGACGGCGGGUAUCUUGCCACGAGCUGGGCCGGCCAGACUGUGAUGGCUGGCUCUUGCUGCGCAAGACACCUGGUGGCUUCAUGGGUCCACGCUGGCGCCGCUGCUGGUUCGUGCUCAAGGGGCACAUGUUGUACUGGUACCACCAGCCACAGGACGAAAAGGCCCAGGGCCUCAUCAAUGUCUCCAACUAUAGUCUGGAAAGUGGACAUGAUCAGAAGAAGAAAUAUGUGUUCCAGCUCACCCAUGAGGUGUACAAACCCUUUGUUUUUGCGGCUGAUACCCUCUCUGAUCUGAGCAUGUGGGUACGCCACCUCAUUACCUGCAUUUCCAAGUACCAGUCCCCAGGCCGGACCCCGUCAGCUCCAGAAGAAGACUGCUACAGUGAAACAGAAGCAGAAGACCACGAUGAUGAAGCUGGGUCCCGCUCAGCCUCACCCAACCCAGUGCAGUCUUGGAGUCCACUCCACGAAGACACCUCACCCUCAGCCUCCCCGAUGAAGCGCAGCCCGAGGACCUCCUUCAAUGCCCCAGCAGACAGCAGUGAAGGGGCACUGGAAGGAAUGGUUCGGGGCCUGAGGCAGGGCGGCGUGUCGCUCCUGGGCCGGCCACAGCCCCUGACCCAGGAGCAGUGGCGGAGUUCUUUCAUGCGGCGCAAUCGAGACCCCCACCUCAAUGAGUGCGUGCACCGCGUGCGGGCACUACAGAGUACACUCAAGGCAAAGAUGCAGGAGUUGCAGGCCCUGGACGAAGUGCUAGGUGACUCUGAGCUGACUGCAGAGAAGUUUCGCAGGUGGAAGGAGCAGAACCAGGAGCUGUACUCAGAGGGCCUGGGGGUCUGGGGAGGGGUGCAGGCAGAAGACAGCUCCCAAGCCCUGAUGUCUGGCUCCAGAGAACAGUCCCCGCAGCCCCUGCCCUCUGACCCUGAGGAGCCCUCCCAUCUUUGCCCCCUUGACCCCAAAGAACAACCUCCAACCUCCUGACCCCAGACCCUGAGAACCACCUCAUCCCCAGCCUCUGACAUACCCAGGGUAGCUUGUCCCUAGGUUCUGUUCAGGGCUGGAAAUAGUGCCAACACCAUUUCUGCUCCUGUCUCCCCUGGAGUGGGAUGAAGUGAGUUUUUGCCACCCUCCUUCCUGAGAAACACACCCCCACCCUGCCCUCAGAUCUGAGGCACACAGCCUGACCCUCACUGUCCCUCAGUACUGCUCAUUCCCUCAAACCAGUUCUGGACUGGUGUUUAUUUUACAUGAGACGCACUUUUUCAGCAAAUAAAGUCGAUUUCUCUGAACUGAA